UUAUUCUUUAAUAAAAUGGUUGUGACGUAGAUCGACAGCUGGCUCCGUUUUUCGGUCUUUUUACUGUUUUUCGAAAAUAAUAAAAAAAAAAAACAUUGUCCCCGAGGAUAGUGAAUUCAAUAUGUGUAUAUUUAAUCCAAGUGUUCUUUGACCAAUUUGAAUAUUUGUAAAAUUAGAAAAAGAAAGAUUUUUAAAAUGGUCGAGUAAAAAAAAAGCACAAAAAGCAGACGAAAAUGAAUAGGAUACCGAAAAUGUCAUGUCCAGGAGGUGGACUCUAUGUCCUUGAAGGGGAGGUGGGCCUCCUGGUAACAGCAAUGCGACGUGGUGUACGAUGGUCGUCACACUCUCAUCAGGAUGAAGAUCAAGAUGUUUUAAUGAAGGGAUUGUCUUCGUUGAAGGAAGCUUUAAAUGAGGCAAAAGAUGUUUCUCAAUUGGAACCAGCUGUUUUUAUGGCACCAUUUCUUGAAAUUAUACGAUCCGAAGAAACCACUGGACCAGUUACUAGUCUCGCUUUAUCAGCUGUUAAUAAAAUAAUCUCCUAUGGAUUAAUUGAUCCAGAUCAUCCAGCGAUUGCACCUUGUGUGGAAGCUGUGGCUGAUGCUGUUACCCAUGCGAGAUUUGUGGGUACAGAUGCCUCUGGCGAUGGUGUUGUUCUAAUGAGAAUUCUUCAAGUUCUUCGGGCAUUAAUGCUUUCUCCAGCUGGCAAUCAUCUUUCAAAUGAGAGUAUUUGUGAAAUUAUGCUCUCUUGUUUUCGAAUAUGUUUUGAAACACGUCUCAGCGAAUUAUUGAGACGAACAGCGGAACACUGUUUGAGAGAUAUGGUUCAACAUUUAUUUACAAGAUUACCAUAUUUUGUCGACGAUUCGAGAGGUCUUUUAAAUAUGAAGAAAAUGAGAACAAAUAAUAUGGAUAAUACGCGAAGUAAAACUAGAAAAACAAAGAUACAUUCCAAAUCAAAGUCACAACAACCAAAUCCUGAUGAAAUUGAAGAUGGCGAGUCACAAUUAUUAAGUCCUGUUGAUAGAAUAAGAGCGAAUCAUCUUGCAACAACGCCUGUAACGCCUGCUGGCAAUAUUGUUGAUAUGCAAGGAUCAUUAGAUCAAAGUCCACCGGAAAAAGUUGAUGAUGAUAAAAUUGAUAAUAAAAAUAAUAGUGUAGCAAAAACAUUGGAUCUUGAAACAAAAGAUGAAAAUCAAGAGAUCAAUAAGGAAACAAUUAUAAAUGAAUUGACAACAGAAAAUUCUUCUGAAUCACAACAAAAUGAAUGUGAAUCGUCUUCCGAAAAUAAUAAUAAAAAUUCCAUAACAAUUGAAAAAGAAACAAUUGAAUGUUUAGAAAAGGAAAACAUUCCAGAGAAUCAAGAAAAUCAAGAUAAAACUUGGAUUCAAUCGCCAGCGGGUAGUGUUGAAGAUUUAUCAUCAGUUGAAGAUAAUUCUAAUUAUGAUGUAUCGAAAAUACCGAAAAUACGAAUAGAAGAUGAACCACUUGAAGAAUAUGUAAAUACUCAAGGCGUUAGAUUUAUGCCACAUCAACAAUAUGCACCAUAUGGUUCUCUUUGUGUUCGUGAACUUUUUAGAUUUCUUGCUUCAAUAUGCAAUCCAUUAGAUAAACAAAAUACAGAAAUAAUGAUGCAUUUAGGUCUUAGUUUAUUGCAAGUAGCAUUGGAAAUUGCCGCUGAUGCACUUGCAAAUUUUACAUCAUUAUUGUCGCUAGCAAAGGAUGAUCUUUCUCGAAAUUUAAUUUUGUUGCUGGGAUCCGAUCGUUUAUCGAUUUUAGCUGCUAAUCUUCAAGUGUCAUUUUUAUUAUUCGAAUCACAAAGGGAACAUUUGAAAUUUCAAUUAGAACAUUAUAUUACUAAAUUAAUGGAAAUAGUGAAUUCUGAAUCGAAUCGAAUAUCGUACGAACAACGAGAAUUGGCUUUGGAAGCGAUUGUCAGGCUGUGGAGAAUACCGGGUUUACCCGCGGAAUUGUAUUUAAAUUACGACUGUGGACUUUAUUCUACGAAUCUUUAUGAGGAAUCAAUGAAACUUUUAUCUAGGAACGCGUCUUCUUUUAUGGGAACCAUGUACAGUAUGCAAUUUAUUUCCCUCGAUGCUAUAUUUAAUUUAAUUUCGGGAAUGGAGGCAAGAUGUAAAGGUCUUCAUGAUCUUUGUAAAACUUCUAGACACGCACCGUCACCAAAUCUUCCAACGAGAGAUGAACUUCUCACGACAAAGGCCAACAAGAGGUGGUUGGCUUUGGGUACUGAGAAAUUUAACGAGAAUCCUCGUAAGGGAAUUGCAAAAUUGUCAGAACAUGGACUUUUAGGUGAUAAUGUUGAGCAACCUGAUCCGGAGAAAAUUGCAAAAAUUCUUCGUGAAAAUCCUGGACUAGAUAAAAAGGCAAUUGGCGAAUAUAUAAGUAGAAAGGAAAAUAAAACAAUAUUAAAUUGUUUUGUUCAUAAUUUUGAUUUAAGUAAUACAAGAAUUGAUCAAGCUCUACGUUUAUAUUUGGAAUCAUUUCGACUUCCUGGUGAAGCUGCAUUGAUUUCGCUUCUUCUUGAAAAAUUCGCCGAACAUUGGCAUGAUAGCAAUGGUAGACCUUUUGCAUCAGCAGACGCGGCAUUCACUCUCGCUUAUGCUGUAAUUAUUUUAAAUGUCGAUCAACAUAAUUAUAACGCGAAACGGCAAAUUAAUCCAAUGAAUGCCGAGGAUUUUAAAAAGAAUUUAAAAAAAGUUAAUGGCGACGAAGAUUUUGAUCAAGAAAUGUUGGAUGAAAUUUAUACUUCUAUCAAAAAUGAAGAAAUUGUCAUGCCAGCUGAACAGACGGGACUUGUGAAAGAAAAUUAUCUUUGGAAAGUGUUGUUAAGACGUAGUUGCGGUCCAGAGAGUAGUUAUUUAAAAGUCGGCAGCGCUGGAGAAUUUGUCGAUAAAGAAUUAGCCGAAAGAGCAUGGGCUCCAAUUGUCAGCGCUCUUUGCAGAGCUUUUGAUAAAGCUCCCGACAAAACUCUUCAACGAAGAGUUGCACAAGCGUUCCUCAGUUGUGCGGCAGUUAGUGCUCAUUAUGGAAUGACAAGCGAUUUGGAUACAUUGAUAGUCAGUAUUUGUAAAUUUACCGGUUUAGCAGCUGGUGGUGAACCAGAUCAAGUUGUAUUAAAUUUGGGAAGUAGUGGACGAUGUCAAUUGGCGGCUCAUACACUAUUUAAAAUAACUCAUAUGCAUGGUGAUGCAUUACGUGCAUCGUGGAAAAAUAUAAUUGAUUGUCUUCAAACAUUAUUUUUAGCUCGCGUUUUGCCAAAGAAUCUCACUGAGGGUGAGGAUUUUCUUGAUUUAACAGGAAAAAUAUCAUUAAUACGCGAACCAUCAACAAUGAAAACAGCGCCUGUUGAACAAGGAUUAUUUUCCAGUUUAUAUUCAUAUAUUGCACUUCAUACGGCAAAAGUUCCACAUCCAGCUGAAAUUGCCGCUAGAGAACGCGCUGCAAAAUGUAUUGCAAAUUGUCAUCUCAAGCAAAUUAUCGAGGAGAGUAAAUUUUUACAGGUGGAAUCAUUACGAUCAUUGAUUGGCGCUCUUGUUUCGGUGAAAUCGCAAGACGAGGAUCUUGCCGUUUUUCUAUUGGAAUGUCUUUUGGAAGUGACAAUUCAAAAUCGUGAUCGUGUAAUUUGUAUUUGGCCGGUUGUACAAGCGCAUCUUGAUGGAUUAUUAACAACAGCGGCGCGUGAAAAUCAACCCUAUCUUUUGGAACGUGUUGCUGUUGGAAUGUUACGUCUUGCUAUAAGACUUUUGAGAGGUGAAGAAUUGGCAUGCACUGUUCUUCCACCAUUAACACCUUUAACAUAUUUGCCAUCAGUUGGAAUGUCACCAUUAUCACGACAAAUUGCCUAUGGAUUAUCUGAAUUAUUAAAAACUGGUGCUGCCAAUAUACACACAAAUGAAGAUUGGAAAGUAAUUUUCAGCCUAUUAGAAUGCGUUGGUGCCGGUGCUUUACAAUCAAAACAAAAUACAAAUUCCGAUGAAUCAUCAUCAAGAAAUUCAAUUCUCGAUCCACGACCAAUUAGUCCAGUUCCCGAGUGGGUUUUGGUUUCACCAACCGGAACCGAGGCACCACUUCCGGUUGCUGCCGAUACCAUUGUCUUGGAUCGAGAUCUUCAAUCACAUGAUCCGGCAGCAUUGGUGAAAUGCAUUGAAAGUUUAUCAUUUCUUGUUCGUGAUGUUGCUCACGUAACUCCAUUUAAUUUUGAACUAUGCGUUAGAUGUGUGAGAACAUUUUCCGAAGCAGUUCUUCAAUGUUCUGGCAAAAGAAAUCGUGUUUUAACAAACGUUGAUGAGCCUGCAAAUUAUCAACAGAGUCCUAUUCAAUUAUUAGAAUUGAUGCACACUCUACAUACAAGAACAGCUCAGGUAUUUCAAUGGUGGGCUCAGGAAGGUGAAACCACUGAUAUUUCACUUUGGGCACAAGGAUGGCGCCCCUUAUUACAGGGAAUCGCGAGACUUUGCGGCGAUUGUAGACGACCAGUUCGUGCAUCAGCUAUUACUUAUCUUCAAUCACUUUUGGCACAUGAACUCACUCAACUCACAGGUAUUGAAUGGUCCCAAUGUUUGGAACAAGUUUUAUUUCCAUUAUUCGCUCAAUUAUUGGGUCAAAUUUCACCUAAUGAUCCAACUGGAGUUGAAGAGACAAGAUUUCGUGCCGCGACAUUAUUGUCAAAAGUUUUUCUUCAUCAUUUAACGCCACUUCUCACAUUACCAGGAUUUUUACCACUUUGGCUAACGGUACUUGAUCUUCUUCGUGCUUUUAUGCACGCUGAUAAUAGUGAACUUUUAUUUGAAGCCAUACCAGAAUCAUUGAAAAAUAUGUUACUCGUCAUGUCAUCAGCUGGUGUUUUGGUACCAGAAUCAAAUUUAUGGGCACCAACGUGGCGUACAAUUGAUGGAUUUUUGCCAAAUUUAAAAAACGAAUUAUUCCCCGAACCACCGAUUAUUCAAAAUUCACCUCUUUCGCAAUCACCUCAACCACAGGUUAUCAGUCUUGUUGAUCAGCAACAACCAUUAUUUCCAGGAUCAAUAGCACCACAACCGGAAAUUGAAUCAAAUAAUAGUGAAACAAUUAAUGAUAAUGAUGAUAUAUUGAAUUCAGUGGAAAAUGGAAUUCUCCGUUCAACUGGAGUAAUUGCUGCAACAAUAUUACCAGCUUCAUCGUCUGAAAAAAAAUUUGAUGCUCAACAAGUUAUAACACUUGUGAAUCAACCAAGUGUAUCGAGUCCAGUUGCAAUUCAACCGAGUGCACAACAAGUUUUUGAUUUUUAUCGACCGGGAAUAUCCAAUAAUCAGGAUAUUGAAAAUAAUUUAAUUAAUCAGGAGAAUAUUUGGCAUAAUUCACAGCAACAUAUUAUUGCCGUUUCUCAGGAUGUAUCAAUUGUCCCUCAGGUGACAACAUCACAAGAAUUAUUAAUUUCCCAACAAAUAAAUAAUCAACAACAAUUAACAAUGCCUCAACAACAAUCACAUCAAAUAAUAUCACUUUCGCAAUAUCCACAAAAUUCAUUUCCACAAUCACAUGAAUUUCAUUAUUCUGGCGAGAAUAAUCUUAGUCAUUCCGUUAAAUCUCAUGAGGCAACAAUUGAGGAGGGAAAAGCAGCAACGAUUUUUAAUUCUGCAGCUUAUUUUAAUGAAGACCCAGCUGCGGAUCGUCUUUUUGACGUUCGUCAAGUGAGUACCGCCACAUUGGAAAAUUGAAAAUAAUUCAGCUUUAGUACAAAGAUCAAUUAUAAUUUUUUUUUUUCAAUUCAACAACAAAUUUUCGUUUAUAAAACGAAUUGAAAAAAAAGAAGAAAUUUUAAUUUGGUGGCGGUGCAAAUUUGACGUCAAAUUACUAAAAUCUAAUAAUAAUAAUAAUAAAAUAAUAAAUUGUAAAAAUAAAAAGUGAUAUAUCAGAACAGUAAAUAGGGGUUUUGGUUACUCGCAAUAUGUUUAAGUGAUUUUUAAAAAUCAAAUUUUUGUUUAGUAUCUAUUUUUUUGUUAUUUUGAAAAGUUUCAUUUUCUAAGUUUUAUUAUGCGCAAAAAUUUUUUUUCUUUUUUGCUUGUGACAGCUUUUAAUAAUUUAAAAUUUUAAUCACUUUUUAAAAAAAAAAAAAUUUAUAUCAAAUUUGAAUGAAUGUCAAUAAGGGAGAUUUUUAUUUUUUAAAAAUUUGGAAAAUAAUAUUUUUAAGUUUAUCUUGAAAAUAUUAUAAAUAUAUAUAGAGAAAGAGAGAAAGAGAGAGAUGAUUGAAAAUUAGUGUACAAAUUACUAAACUUAUAAAUAUAUUACAAUGUAUACACAAAAAACUUUAUCAAGUGUUAAAUAAAAUAUUUAAAAUUCAUAUGACUUAUGAAUUUUCAUUCAUAAGUCAUAUAUUUAAUUGUAGUUUAUAAAACGAGAAAA